GGAGGACCCCACUCGGCCUGCACAGGUAUGGUGGAAACGACCGUGGACCUCAUGCCCUACCUGCAGGCCAAGCACCCAACGUCGUCACUGGGACCUGCCGGGCCUCGGAAUGCCCGCCCCCUGGGCUGACAGAUACCUCCAGCGGGUGCUGCUGGGCCGACACGACUUCCUCACCGUCACGUCCGAGUGCUCCACCGCCAGCUGGGCCCUGCAGCAGGGCAAGCGCUUCUACUGCGUCCACGCCAAGGACAUAGGUGCCUCCCGCAGCCGCCACCCCAGCACCUUCUCCGAGUGGAGCAUGCUCAGCCAGAACCGGGAGGACUGUGGGCAGCGGCUGGAAGGCAUCUCACCAAAGGCCGGUGCCUUCCAGUGA